GGCGUUGGCACAUGAUGACACACCUGGGGCUGAGCUGCUGGAGCUCAUAAAAGCCGCUCCGCAAGACGACAUUCACUGAAGGACGGGUCUGAGCUCCCAGCAGCAUUAUGGCUCUCAACAAAUGUUCACGGAUUACUCUGAACGAUGGGCACAAGAUACCGGUGGUUGGCCUGGGCACCUACGCCCCUGCAGAGGUGGCCAAAUCAGAGGCAGAAGAAGCCGUGAAAGUUGCUCUUGAGGUCGGGUAUCGACACAUUGAUGGCGCAUUCAUAUACGGCAAUGAGGUUGAGGUCGGACGAGCUAUCAAUGCGAAGAUCGCGGACGGGACGGUCAAGAGAGAAGACGUAUUCUACACCGGGAAGCUCUGGAGCACCUUCCAGACCCCGAAGCUGGUCCGUCCUGCUCUCGAGAGGUCCUUGAAGGACCUUCAGAUGGAUUACGUCGAUCUGUUCCUCAUCCACAAUCCUAUAGAGUUCAAGCCUGGCGAUGACCUGAUGCCAACAGAUGCAAACGGAAAAGUGAUUUAUCACAAUACUGAUAUUCGAGACACCUGGAAGGCUAUGGAGGACCUCAAGGAAGCCGGGCUGACCAAAUCUAUCGGUGUCGCCAACUUCAACCACAAACAAAUCGAGCUCAUCCUCAACAUGCCGGGACUGAGAUACAAACCUGUGUGCAACCAGGUGGAGUGUCACCUCUACUUCAAUCAGUCUAAGCUGCUGGAGUUCUGCAAGAAACACAACAUCGUUCUGGUGGCGUACGGGGUCCUGGGCUCUACUCGGGAUCCGAACUGGAUUGACCAGACUGCUCCGAUCCUGCUAGAGGACCCCGUACUCAAUGCGAUUGCAAAAAAACAUGGCCGACCUCCUGCCCAAGUGGCCAUGAGACACAUGCUACAGAGGGGGAUAGUGGUUCUCGCUAAGAGUUUUAAGCCGGAGAGGAUCAAGCAAAACCUUGAGGUUUUCGACUUUAAGUUGAGUGAGGAAGAAAUGAAAACUCUAAAUGGACUGAACCAAAACAGACGCUACGUGGAGAUAAAGUGGAAAGAUCAUCCAAAAUUUCCAUUCAAUGAAGAAUAUUAAAUUUGUCUGUUUCUACGUUGACUAAUUCUGUGCAAAUUCAAUAAAAUAACAGCUGGAGCUGAAAAUCACAAGAGUCAGAGAAUAUGUG